AUGGCAGCGACUUAUUCUUCUUACCAAAAGUGGGGCGCACACCCUUUUCCGGAACUCCCUCCCAUACUACCAUCCCAGAAGCAUUUGCUGGCCAUCCGCACCUCCGCUCUCAAGGCCGGCGAGAAGGACGACAUCCUCAAGAUUAUUGAUGCCUCCUACGUAACCUCGUAUAAUCGGUUGGCAAGAGAUAGACCGACAAUCCUGGUUCCAGGCAGCUCUCCAAGAUGGGCACCUCUAGUCCAUGCUCCAGCUCUAAAGCAGGACAGAGGCACAUAUUUCAGAGACAAGAAUGCCUCUCAAUAUGCCCCAUAUCCUACGGAGCCUGGCGUUCGCGCCAUAUUCACGAUGAAACCUGACUUCGAUGGACAAGAGGUUGAUGUAUUUGCCUGCGGCAACACGAUGGGUUCUUUGCUUGCCUUCAUUGGGGAGCGAGACAGAACUUUCAGAUUCGUGGCUGAGAGGUGGGAAUCACGUUGUUCCUGA